AUGGGGCUUCCUGACAGUUUCGCUCACCAAUCACCCACCGCGUCAUUUCCAAUCGAGGCCUUUCCCCCACUCAUCUCCCCCAUGCUCAUCUCAUCAUCAGACCUCCUUCCGCUCGCCAUACCUCCCCAAGCGGUGCCCCACUGCCCCCGGUUCCCCGUUCUUCCGCUCCCAGCCGCUCCGCCUCGCGCAGCUUCUUCGACCCUUCUCCCGUCUCCUCCCCUUUCCCCCACCCCCUUCCCCCCUCACCCCUACAGUGCCCUGCUUUACCCCUCUUCCCCCACUUCUCCCCGCCAAUCAACUACUUCCGCGCCCCACCAAAACAUGCCCCUUUCCCCUCGACCCUCUCCUGCUUCUUUGGCCUUCAGCCUUCUCCUCUCCGUCGCUCUCUCAUGCAGCAUAAACGUGUCGACUCCCAUAUUCGACCAGUCGUUGCAAGUAGGUGUCCCGUCGGGCGAGCAGGUUCGGGCUGCCUUGUUUGUUGCUGAACUCCGACGUCGCGUCCACGCGGCGGAGUUCAGAUUCUCGUUAUACACGUGGCUCCCCGCUGCUUCAUCAAGCUGUCCUUUCCCACGCCUUGCCCGUUUCUCCUAUCUCAACUCCGCCGCCCGUCUUUCCCAUCCCUCCCCCACUCCUCCCACCCCGCCUCCCCCUCUCCACUCCCCCACGCUUCCCCCUGUCCACGCCGAUCAAAAGCAAUCUCUGCGCUGCGAGCGUCUGCGCUGCGAGGUGUUCAUGUCGCAGCCGCGCGGGCGCGAUCAGCUGCUGGGCGCCGCGAACGUGUCACUGGAGGAGAUUAUAUCGCGUACGGCCAAGCUCUCCAAGAAACCCGCGGAGUUCAAGCUGCUAAGCAGCAGCAGCGCGCCCGCGGGAGCUCUCGUGCUCACGCUCACCUACCACGGCCGCUCCGCCUCUUCCUCUCGCCCCGCCGCGCAGUCCUCCGCGCAGCCCUCCGCGCAAUUCGGUGCGCAGUCCGCCGCGCAGACCGACGGACAAGCCGGCGCGGCGGCCGCGGCAGCGGCGGCGGCUGCCGGGGCGUUCUCGCGGUUUGCGUUCCCGCCUUCCCCGCAAGACUCCGCCUCCGCCGCUGCCGCCGCGAUCGCGCUACUCCCCGCAAAGAGAACGCCCCCCCCGCUCCCCGCCUCCUUCGCGAUGGCUGCGCCUCCACCCAAUUCCGGAUCCCUCCCCGCGUCUAGCGCUGCGGCAGGGGCUUCCGCGCCGUCCCCUUCGUUUUUUAAUCCUUCCCCCUCGUUAGAAUCACAUCCUGCCCCCUCGUUACUGUCACAUUCUUCCGCCCCAGCGGUGCCGUUACUUUUCAACCACCUGGCCUCCUCCGCCGCUGCGCCGUCGUCGCAGCGCUGGGGCGCAACGGAAGGCGCGUCGCAACUAGAAUCGAGGCAGCUAGUAACGGGGACGGAGGUGGAAAAUCGCGCAGGCGGGGACUUCACCAGCGCGAACGGGGCGGGGCAAGGCGCGCUGCGUGGUAUACCUUCCGCGGAGUUCAGUUUGGGGGGAGCGCGGAUCGGCGGAGCGGGAGUAGGCGGCGCAGGAACAGGGGGGGUGGGGGGAACGGCGGGGGUAGCGGGGGCGGCAGCGGAGCUGAUGACGAUGGCACAAAACGACAGCACUCACAGGUCGUAUCUGGCCAGGCAGUUACUGGACUCGAGCGCCGUAAUGCAGGGCAGCGCGAGUAUGGGGCCGGUAGAUUUGGGUCCAUCCAACGGUGGAGAUGCAAGCAUGGGGGCGGUAGACCUGGCGGGUGCUAGUUUGGGGGCGGGGGGCGCAGGAUCCGCGGAACCCGUAAAGGUGGAGCAAGUAGGCGGAGUUCUGGGGGGAUUGGGUGGGGGGAGGAUGGGGGGAACGGGUAAGACAUCCCCGCCCCCCUGCUUGGAUCUCUCCGCGGGUCUGGGCAGAGCAAGGGGAGCGGAAGGGGGCAGUGAGGGGAAAAAUGGGAGGUUGAGGCGGCAUCGGGAGUGGUGGAGUGAGGGGAGGGCGGAAGCGAUGGAGGUGGAGGGGGGAAGUGAGGGGUGCGGGGGAGAAUUUGGUGUAGGGGGAGUAGAGCUUGGAUUGUCCACUGUGGCGACAUCUUCAGGUGCUAACGAGAGUGCAGCAGCAGCAGCAGAGCCGAGAGCAGAUGCAGGAAGAAGCACAGAGCCGACAGCAGACGCAGUGGGCUGUAACCAUACCCAUGGUCAAAGCGAGCAGCUGCAGCAGCACCAAAAGCAAGAGCAGCGGCAGGAGGAGGAGCCGCCGAGGCUGAUGCAGCUGCUGCCAAUGCAAUGGUGCUCGGAGGACAGAGAUAAGGACAGCGAGAAGGACAUUAGUGGUGCUGCUGGUACUGGUGCUGCUGCUGCUGCCUCUGGCGUGUUCUUCUCUGCUUUCGCACCGCGUCCGCCCUCUUCCAUGCAUCUACCCGCGCAACCCCUGCCAAUGCAACCCAUGCCAACGCAACCCGUGCCAACGCUACCCACAACAGCUGGUUCUGGCGCAUCCCUUUCGUUUCAAGCCGCCCCUGGUGCUGCUGAAAAGCCCGCAUCGUUGCUCCCGUCUCUCCCCUCCUUCUCCUGUCGCUCCCGCAGCACUGCUGCCUGCCCUGCUGCCGCUGCAGCCAGGUCUCUGUUUGGAGCGCUGAUGGGGUCGACGGGGUUUGGUACUGCCAGUGGUCUUGCGCCGGGCCUGAUUGGCUUGGGCCAAGCCGGCAUCCGAGCCUCCUCCAAGCCUUCCUCCCGUUCGAUCCUGCCUUCCCCGUUUGCCGCUGGUGAUGCUGCUACCAACAUCUCUGCUAGUGCAGCAAUGGGUGGUGCUGGUGCUGGUGCCGGUGCCGGUGCCGGUGCUGGUGCUGGUGGUGGGUUAGGGGCUGCUUUUGAGUCGAUUCAAAGGUCACCUCGGGGUGCCGGUGCUGGUUCAGGGGCGGGUGUAGGGGCGGAAUUAGGUACAAGGAAGGGGAGUUUCCUGCCCCACCUGAUGCUGGCGCUGGAGAAUUCAAAGAAGGCGAAGCAGAGCACAGGGAUAGGGCUAGGCGCGGCCAUUGCUGCUGCUGCCGCUGCUGCGGCUGCUGCGGCUUCUGCUGCUGCUGCUGGGUCUAGUGGGUUCGCAGGAGGGUUUGGGAGGGGUAGGGGAGCUGGGGUCGCGUCUGGUGGGCAGGCGGCAUGGCACAGGGAGGACCAGAUAACUCCCUCCUCCGUCCUUGAUGUUGCCAUGUCCGAUGCUGACAGUGAGCAUGCCACAGAGGACGUGCACAUGGCUGAAGCUGCUGGUGCUGCUCAUGUGCUUGCCCCUCACAUGCUUGCCCACUCUCUGUCCGUCUCUCAUCCCUUGCUCCUCGCACCUGCAGGGGCUACUGCUGCUGCUGGGAAGAUCCGUCCAAAUGUAGCCGCCCAGCAGCAGCAGCAGCAGCAGCAGGAGAGGGUGCAUGGGGAGAAAGGGGGCGGGCAGUUUUCACCAGAGCCUCCCGCCUGGCAGCGCAGUUUCGCUGCAGCUUUUGCAGCGGCCCAUGUGAACUCCUCGGCUCAUGCUACCACCUCAGGUUAUGGUAGCGCCCCUGCUGCCAGUAGUGUCUCAGUUGCCGCUGCUUCCGUUGCCACACCACACGUUGUCCCUCUCAUCUCCCCUCUCCCAUCUUCCGUUCUCCCCGUUCCUGCUCAUUCCACUCCUGUUUCCUCCGGCCCAGCUCCUUCCGCUCGUGCUUCUGCCCCUCCCCCUAAUGCUUCUGCACCUCCUCCUCCGCCUUCUGCUCUCUCUUCUCCCACUGCCCCCAGCGCGUUUGCCGCGUUACUGAGAGCCAGUGAGGCAGCUAAUCCCUCCACACCUCUUCACCACCCCAACCACAGCCUCAACACCUCUUCACCCCUUCACCAACACCACCAGCACCAGCACCAGCACCAGCACCAGCACCAGCAGCACUACCAACACAACCACCCGCAUCUGCCUUUUUAUGCAGCAGCUGCACCAGCCACUGCAGCACCGCCCCCCCGAUUGCCAACUCCCGUCAUUACCAACCCUCCAUCCCUCCCUCCCUGCCGCCGCUCCUCUCCUCCCUCUCCCUCGCCUCCCUCUCCCUCUCCUCCCUCUCUUUCCUCUCCUCCCUCACCACCCUCUCUCCCCUCCUCUUCCCCUGCUUCCUCCUCCAACCCCUCCUCCUCCACCUGCCCUCUCACGGCCCUCCGAGCCUCUCUGCCGAACCUCCCGCUCCCGGGCCUACCGCUGCCGAGCCUGCUGUCGUGGCACCGGAAGGUGGAAGGGGAGGAGGCGGUGCUGCUGAGAGAGCAAGCAGCCGCCAUCUGGCAGGUCUCUAAGGCGCUCAUGGGACAGGGACAGGGGCAGGGGCAGCAGGGGCAAAGGCUCCAGGGGGAGCAAGGGCAGCAGCAGGGGCAGGGGCAGCAGGGGGAGCAGGCAGCCGCCAUCUGGCAGGUCUCUAAAGCGCUCAUGGGUCAGGGGCAGCAGGUGCAGCCGGGGCAGGGGCAGCAGGGGCAGGGGCAGCAGGGGCAGCCAGGGCAGGGGCAGCAGGGGCAGGGACAGCAGGGGCAGCAUGGACAGCAGGGGCAGCAGCUGAGGCAGGGGCAGAGGCAGGGGGAACUGGCUUAUUUUCCGAAGCCUAUAGAGGCAGCAGAACAGGCAAGUGCAGCAACAAGCGAGGCGGGAGCGGCAGGUGAUGGAGCAGCAGCAGCAGCAGCAAGAGAAUCAGCAGGAGAGGCAGUAGGAAGCCCUGGGUUGGCGGUUGCACCGACGGGUGCAGGCACGGGCACAGCAGCAGCAGGCACGGCCGCAGCUACAGCAGCUGCUGCAAACCAUUCGACUAGUGGCAGUGUGCUAGCAGAACAGGCACACGAACAGACAGUAUGCUCGGCACACCAGCACGGGGCGAGCAGCGGUGUGUUGAUGAGCUUUGAAGCGUCGCAAAACGCGCAUCAAGGGGGGGGAGCUGGCAGUGUGGUGGGGGCACACCAGCAGGCGGCUAAUCGCAGUGUCAUCCCAGCGCAACCACAUGGGUUGGCGCCGCAGCAAACGAGGAGUACAACGGGUGCAGCACCGGCACCAGCUGGCAGUGAGAUCUCAGUGCAACAGCAUGCAGCGGCGGUGUGGCAGGCGAGCAUGGGGAAGAGCAGGGAGGAGGCAGAGGCGCUCUGUGAGCAGGCUGUGCGGGCGGGCACUCUCACCCAUGACCAGGCGGCAGAAUUCUGUGGACUGCUUUCCAAAGAGAGCCUGCGGAGCUUGAGAGAGUCUCUUUUAGCGAUGGAGGAUAAGUUCCGGGGGUGCUCCAUAGAGGAUUGCAUCCUGUUUAUUCCCCCCCCACCCUGCCCUACACCGCCCCCCUCUUCCUCACAGUCUCUCUUGGCGAUGGAGGAUAAGUUUCGGGGGUGCUCCAUAGAGGAUUUGGAGGAGAGUCGCCGGCAGGCGUGGCGGGAGUUCUGGGAGAAGCUGGAGGCGGGCAGGAGGAGAGGAGGGGCGGUUGCUGCUGGGGGAGGGCCGAAUGGGGUUGUGACUGGAGCGACUGGAAGAGGAGAGGAGGGGCGGCUGCUGCUGCUCGGGAGGCACAGCGCGGGCCAAACGGGGCUGUGGGAGCUGGGGGGUGGAGGCAGUGCCGACAAUGGCUCGUGCAUUUUUUACAGCGCUGCCGCGCGUUUUUCUAAGGCGGCAUCGUGGCGCGUGCCAUACACGGAAGGCACCGGUUUGCUGAUGAAGGGGCUGGUGUUCUAUACGUCGUCAAGUCCCACAGGCUCUCCACGCCAAUCGCGCGGAGGCAUGUAUGCGGAUCGCCUAGAGGAGGAGCGGGAGACCGUGAGAACCCGCCUCUCGGGGGGCCGAGGCGGCGUGCGCGCAGGCGCGGCGAGCACCGGGCCAAUCAGGAACCGCGUGUCGUUUAAGAAGGGCGGCUCGGCCACCACAUUCAGUCGCACUCCCCUUUCGAAUCCCACAUAUUCAAUUACUACCUUCCCCUCCCCUCUGCACUCCCCCGACUACGCCCCCUGCCCCUCCCUCCCGCUCCUCCCCCUGUCCCCUCCCUCCCGCUCCUCCCCCUUCCCUCUUCCCCCCUUCCCCGUAAGUUUCCCAGGCGUUCCCCCAGCCAACGACCUCCGCACUCUGCUCAAGGCCAAGGGGGGGAACCUGCGGGGGGGAGGGGGGAAGCUGGGGGGAAGGCUGGGCGGAAAGGUGCAGGUGGGGGACCUGCGCCACAAGCUGUCUGGGGGGAGCGUGGGGAAGAGGGGAAACGGGGGAAGCGGGGUAAGUGGGGGGAAGGUCACCAGGGGGAGACUAGGUGCGGGUGUGGGGGGAAGUGAGGGGAUUUUUGCAGCAGAAGGGGAGAGGGGAGGAAAUGGGGAAGCAGUAGCACGGGGAAGAGGAGGGGAGGGAAUGGUGGUGAGGGGUAGAGGAGCAGUGACGAACCUCUCCUCUCUAUCCUUUAGGAGUGAUGAGCGGGUGGUGGUUGUAGGAGUGGGGGCGGAGAGGGGGGUGGCUGCAAUGGAUGCUGACGUGGCAAUGGAGGGGGGCGACGAGCAGCAGGUGAGAAAGCGGCUGGGGGGAAGGUUGUAG